ACAGCAGGGAGGAGGCAGUUUUGGGGAGCAUCCCGCUCCCCAGCUAUGAGAUCCGGCCGCUGCCCGGGGAGGGGAAGAGCCGAAGAUUCACAUUCAAGGCCGAGCACCGGGGGAUGCGGACAUACCACUUCAGCGCGGACACCCAGGAGGACAUGAACGGCUGGAUCCGAGCCAUGAGCCAGUCCGCUGCGGCCGAGAGUGAUCCCAGCACCAUCAGCAGCCGGCCCCCCCAGCUGCUCAGCCGGCCGGUGCCCCCCCAGGCCCGUCUCUUCGAGGACCUCCGGCCGCUCACGCCCGACCUGGGUCUCACCAAAAGCGUCGAGUCCUUGGAAAUCGCCCGGCUCUCGGGGCCCCACUCGUCUGCAGAGAGUCUGUCUGCGACGGGCCGGGGGGCACAGGGCGAGGGGGGGCCCCUGCCCAGCGGCCCUGCCCCACCCCCCAGCCCGGUCAAUGGGGAAGGGCUCGGGGGGGAGCUGCAGGGGCUAAGCUCUCUCUCGUCCCGCAUUCUGCGGGGCCAGGAGCCCUCGGCAGCCAAACGCCCCCAUCCCGGCCCCCCCAGACCCUCCCCACCCCCCCCUGAGUCCGAACAGCCCCCCCUGGAGACCCCCUCCCCCUGGGAGCCCUCUGCAGCUGCCCAGUCCCAC